AUGGCUUGUUGCCCGACGGAAGAGAACUAUGGCUAUGAAGAUAGUCGUUUUGAGAAAGCUGUCGAUGCCCACUUUCAUUGCUCUAUCUGCUACAAUGUUCUGAAGGAACCAAUGAUGUGUAGAAAUAAUGAACACAUAUUUUGGAAUGAAAGAGAAAAUAGAAAGCCUUGCAUCCAAAGAAGAUGUAGACGACGUGAAGGGAAAUUUCAGAUUUCGUCCGCUAUCAACCACGCAUCGAAUAUGUUAAUGGAAGACAUCUUGGUAGGUGGGGGCUGGGACAGUGGUGAAAAUGCUUUGAAAUCUGUUGAGAGAUUUUCGUGGAAGAAGAAUGUCUGGAAAAGAGUGUCCUCAAUGAACGUUGGUCGUGUAGGAGCAACGUCGUUUGUUUAUGAGAAUCAAUUAUUCGUUGCUGGCGGAUGUGAUAGUCGUGUAAUUGAGGUAUUAAAUUUGGAUGAAGAUCCGAUGCAAUGGGGUGAAUCUAUGGCGAAAGUUCCUUACCAUUGUCAAUACCUCCGCUCCGUGGUGUAUCAGAACCGUGCAGGGUUUUUUUGCGGAUGCAACAAUAAUGAUUAUUGCGCAGAACUUUGUCUUACCGCACCUUACACAUGUAAGCAGUUGUGUAAAAUGUCCGAUCCGACAAGAAUAAAUUACACUGUGGUUGCAUUUGAGCACAAAGUCUUGGUUUUCGGAGGAAGUACUGCCGAUAACAAUAGUCUUGAUAGUGUGUUAGAGUUUGAUGUCAGUACGAAGGAAUUUAAAGCAAUGCCUUCAUUACCAUGUGCUUUAGAAAAAGCGGCAGCGGUUCGUUGGGGGGACGAAGCGAUAUUGAUUGGAGGUGCGGAUAAAGAUGGCCAAACAAACAGAGUUUUUAUGUACAAUUCAAAAACAGGAAACAUCACAGAAUUACCACCUAUGAAAGAAGAAAGAUGUGGCUGCGCUGCCAUUAUUACAGGCAAUACAAUUGUCGUGAUGGGUGGACGGGGAAAGACGACAGGUCGUGUACGAUCUGUUGAAGCUUUCACUUUGGGAGGUUAUUCCUGGAGAUAUCUUCCUGCCAUGAAUGAAAUUAGAAGUCUCCCUAUUGCAACUGUUUUACCAACGAAAAACGUUCGCUGA